AACAUAAACAAGAUUUUGACUCCUUGAUAGAGCCUAGUUUAUUAGUCAUACCAUCCAAGAUCUACUAUGAAGAGUUGGCUUGGAGGCUAAUGGUGUUAUUGCUUCCUGUGGAGAGAAGCCCCAAAAAUGCUCCACCACCGUUCAAUAUUCACAUGACUCAAAAGCCAUUCCUCACAACCCUUGCUCAAAACUGCAACACCCUAACCCAACUCAAGCAAUUACACGCCCAUAUCCUCCGAUGCCGCAUCCAACAUGCUCCCUACUCCCUCGCCCCAAUUAUCUCCGUCGCAGCAACCUCAAACGACAUGUCGUUUUUCUCUUACGCUCAUUCCAUUUUCCUCCACCUCACUCACCGCAACACUUUCAUACACAAUACCAUGAUCAGAGCCUACCUUCAAUACCAUUCCCCUGUACCCGCACUUUCCUGCUACUCAACAAUGUUGCAAAACGGCAUUGCCGUUAACAACUAUACAUUCCCACCUUUAAUCAAAGCGUGCACUGCACUUAUUUGUUCUUCCAAUUACGCUUCGAGGAGCGCUAUGAUUGGUCGUUUAGUGCACGGUCAUGUCGUUAAAUUCGGACUACCUAAUGACCCUUAUGUUGUGAGUGCGUUUAUCGAGUUUUACUCCGCUUCACGUGACGUGCAUAAAGCGAAGGUGUUGUUUGAUAAAACGACGAAGAAAGAUGUCAUUAUGUGGACGACGAUGAUUGACGGUUAUGGCAAAAUUGGGCACGUUGAAAGUGCAAUAGAGUUGUUUGAUGAAAUGCCUGAGAGAAACGUUGUGUCGUGGAGUGCAAUGAUGGCGGCGUAUUCUCAUGUUAGUGACUUUAAGGAAGUGUUGGCUUUGAUUUUAGAGAUGCAGGAUGAAGGUGUGAAACCGAAUGACUCUAUACUUGUUACCGUUCUUACUGCGUGUGCGCAGCUUGGUGCCCUCACACAGGGAAUCUGGGUACAUUCUUAUGCCAGGAGAUUUGAGCGGGAGCGCUCGAAUGCAUCCUGUCAACGGCAUUAGUGGAUAUGUAUUCGAAAUGUGGAUGUGUGGAAUCGGCUUUAGCUGUUUUUGAUGGUAUAUCUGAUAAGGAUGUUGGAGCUUGGAAUGCUAUGAUUUCUGGUGUUGCCUUGAAUGGUGAUGUGAAGAAAUCGUUGGAGUUGUUUCAACAAAUGGUUGUUUGUGGGAAUCAACCUAAUGAGACGACCUUUGUGGCUGUCAUUACUGCCUGUACACACGCAAAGAUGGUUCGGCAAGGUCUUCGGUUAUUUGAAGAGAUGAGUGCCACUUACGGAGUUGAGCCGUGUGUGGAGCAUUACGCGUGUGUUGUGGACCUUUUGUCUAGAGCUGGGAUGGUGGAGGAAGCCGAGAGGUUUAUCGAGGAGAAGAUGGGUGGAUUUGCAGCUGGGGACCCUAAUGUGUGGGGUGCUAUAUUUAAUGCUUGUAGAAUAAGAAUAUUAAUGUUGGCAAUAGAGUGUGGAAAAAGCUGAUUGAUAUGGGAGUAAGUGAUUGUGGUACUCAUGUUCUUACAUACAAUAUACAUAGAGAAGCCGGGUGGGAUGCAGAGGCAAAUAGAGUAAGGAGUAUGAUUUCAGAAGCAGGGAUGAAGAAAAAACCUGGAUGCAGUAUAAUAGAGGUGGGUAAUGAAGUUGAAAAGUUUCUUGCUGGUGAUCAAUCUCAUCCACAAGCACAAGAAACGUGCAGGUUGCUUGAUUCAAUUCUCAAGAUGGCAAAUUUCAAGCACAUCUAAUGGGUAUAAAGCUUGUUUUUACUGCCAAAAAGAAUUUGGAGAAUAUCAUACACUCGCUUAUUUAAGUAAAAGCCUAAUAGGAUUCAAGAACACUAAUUCCUGUGGAAAUCUUCUGCUGAUAAUAGGCCUUUUGAUAUUGCGUUUGAGCCUUUCUACUCUGGAACCAAGCCUAAGUUCAGCUAUAUUUCUUUUGACGGAAUGUUGUUUAGUGAUGCUUGAAUUUGGUUGACUGAACCACAUAUCAGGCAUGUAAUCAUCUGCAUUUCGUCCCAAGAAUUCAACAUCUAUCUUAUCCAAAGACAGGUUCAUUUUUGCCAAAUUUUCUAGCAAAAGGAGCAUUGGUGUCUACCAUUCUCUGGUAGUCUUUUACAUUAAGUAAAUGCAGGUGUUGUUUUGGAGGGUUGUCCCAUGAAUAGAAUGGAGGUCAGAAAGUUUUCAUAAUACAUUUUGACAGUUCUUGGCAAGUUAACCAACCCCAUAGACAGUAUUCAAGAAAGGGUGAGAAAAGCAUCAUCCACGCAGAACCUGGCAAAAUCAAGAAUCAAAGUUUAAGAACAAAUCGGGAGCUGGAAUUACUGCUUAUGAGUUUCUUUCUCCAGAUUUUCCUAUAGUUAUUUGUUACUUAACUUCAGAUUCCAGUAACUCCUGAUCUCAUGCAACAGAUUUGUUGUAUUCCAAUAUAUUAAAAAGUCUUACAUUAUUUGAGAA